ACCCACCGAAGAAACUACCUCACCGAAUCCAAAUUCUCUUUUUCUUGUAUCGCUCUAAUUCCCCAAAUUCCGGUUUUUUCCUUUUUGUUUCCCAGAUCCCGUCGUUGAACCCACUUUUUCCCUCCCUUUCUCAGGAAAAUUUCCGAUUUUCUCGAGAAAGUGAAACGGAAUUAUGAGCUUUCAGGACAUCGAGGCUGGCCGGUCCUUCGGUUCCAGGCGCGGGUUGACCAAUGGGAAGCAAGACCCUACGCAAGCGGUGGCCGCCGGAAUAUUCCAGAUCAACACCGCCGUCUCCACCUUCCAGAGACUCGUCAACACCCUCGGAACCCCCAAAGACACCCCUGAACUCCGCGAGAAGCUCCACAAGACGAGGCUUCAUAUUGGGCAAUUGGUGAAGGAUACAUCAGCUAAACUUAAGCAAGCAAGUGACAUUGAUCACCAUGCUGAAGUUAACGCAAGCAAGAAGAUCGCAGAUGCUAAACUUGCAAAAGAUUUUCAGGCAGUUUUGAAAGAGUUUCAGAAGGCACAACGUCUUGCAGCUGAGAGAGAAACAGCAUACACUCCUUUUGUUCCACAAGCAGUCCUUCCUUCAAGCUAUACGGCUAGCGAGUUAGAUGUUGGUUCUGAUAAGUCAGCAGAACAGCGUGCCCUACUUGUGGAGUCAAGGAGGCAGGAGGUUUUAUUCUUAGAUAAUGAGAUUGCCUUCAAUGAGGCUAUCAUUGAGGAAAGGGAGCAAGGCAUUCAAGAAAUACAACAGCAAAUUGGUGAAGUUAAUGAAAUCUUCAAAGAUCUUGCUGUGCUUGUCCAUGAGCAAGGAACCAUGAUUGAUGAUAUUGGCUCCAACAUUGAGAACUCCCAUGCAGCAACAGCACAAGCAAAAUCUCAACUUGCAAAAGCUUCAAAAACCCAAAGAUCAAAUUCAUCUUUGACAUGCUUGCUUUUGGUGAUAUUUGGGAUUGUGCUUCUCAUCGUGAUCAUAGUUCUUGCUGCUUAGUCAAAGAUUGUAUCAAUUCCGUUAUGGAGCAAAUGCAUAUAUACGGAGCAGCAGAUAGCGUCUCCCUUGAUGAUGUCACUUGAUUGGUGUUUUACCGGGUCUGGUGGUUGACUGGAGUUUGUUGCAUCUGAUUUCAGUACAUGAUGUGGGAAUUCACAUAAUUUUGUUGUGGGGUGUUAUGUUCUCUCUCUGUGUUAGUCUUUGGGAUUUUAAGGAUGUGUCACGAAUUAUGGUGUAUGUUCUCUCCUAGUUUGUUUAAUUAAAAAGUAUCAAUUCUUUGAUUUUCCUUUACUUGUAAAUGCAACACUAAAACUGGCUUGCGGUGCUGACUCUUCAGUCUUCAGCAAAACCUUCGAAUAUCAUAAUCUGUUUCCUUUA